UGCCUAGUUUACUAAAGUUAUGGUACCACGAGUGUUGCAGGGUAUUUCAGGAUCGUCUUGUUAACAAUGAGGACAGGACUUGGUUUGAGACCAUGGUCAGAUCAAAGAUGUCUGACUUCAGCGUCGAUCCCAAAGAAGUGCUCAGCAACGACACCAUAUUGUAUGGGGACUUUAUGAACCCUAAUGCCGACCCUAAAAUAUAUGAGGAAAUUAACGAUGUUUCAAAAGCCACUCGUAUUAUGGAGGAGUUUCUUGACGAUUACAAUCAGGUGAACACUGCUCAGAUGAAACUGGUUCUGUUUCUUGACGCAAUCAAACACGUCACCAGAAUAUCACGUAUCAUACGUCAGCCUUUGGGUAAUGCCCUUUUACUCGGAGUCGGGGGGAGUGGCCGCCAGAGUCUAACCAGACUGUCGGCUCACAUGGCUGAGUAUGAGUGUUUCCAGAUUGAGUUGUCCAAGAACUAUGGCAUUGCUGAAUGGAGGGAGGACAUUAAGAACUGUAUGAAGAAGGCUGGCCUUGAGAAUAUACCAGUUGUAUUCCUCUUCAGUGACACUCAAAUCAAAAGUGAAUCAUUUCUUGAAGAUAUCAACAAUAUUCUUAACUCUGGUGACGUUCCUAACAUAUAUCCAUUUGAGGAUCUUGAUGCUAUAUAUUACGGGAUGAAACCAGUAGUCCUUGAUGCUGGUUUGCAACCAACAAAGACCAACCUCUUCUCUGCCUACACCAAGAGAGUCAGGAACAACAUUCACAUUGUUAUAUGCAUGAGUCCUAUUGGUGAGGUAUUCAGGUCAAGACUAAGACAGUUCCCUUCGUUAGUGAAUUGUUGUACUAUCGACUGGUUUAGUGAAUGGCCUGAUGAGGCUCUUCAUUCAGUCGCUAAAAACUUUUUAAAUGAAAUAACAGAGAUUGAGGACCCUGCAAUCAUUGAUGGUUUGGUUAAAUCUUGUGUUGCCAUUCAUCAGUCUGUGGCUAAGAAAUCUAUACAAUUCCUGGCAGAGCUUUCGCGUCACAAUUAUGUGACACCGACGAGUUACCUUGAACUGUUGGGUACAUUCAGUAAACUGUUAAGAAUGAAAAUUAAUGAAGUUAGUUCACAAAGGAAUAGAACAAAAACUGGACUGGAUAAG